CGAGCACCAUGAAAACGUAAACACAUUAAAUUUUAUCAUAGUUGGAUGAAAAUAAUUUAAAAUUCUAAUUUCUAACGUAGACCAUCGCUUUAAAUAGACAUGUAACAGGCCAAGCUAUCACGACACUUCACAUACUGCAACGAUAGCUAACACAUCGCGAAUCGAUCUUGCUGCGCGAUAAUACGUAUGCUAAGCCGCUGAUGAAAAGUUUACCGUGUCGCUUUUGUUUGUCGACGAACAAGUGUUGAGUCAAGACGAGCGAGGCUGUCGUCAACAUGGGAAGCAAACUUUGCUCUAAAUUUCGUAAAUUCAAGAAAAAAGUGUUUCUCAAAAAGGAAAAAUAUGAUCGUCUUGAAGAAGCAGACAAACCAGAAGACUUUCCUCCAGAAAUUUCAAGCGUCACCAAACCGUUAACUGAAUCUAGCAGGCCAACUAAGAGGUCUAUCGUCAAAAAAGAAAAAAACAAUCAACGAGACGAUAAAGAAUUGAUUAAAAAGGAAGAGACUCACGAACCAUCGACUUUCGAAGACAUUGAAAGCUCGAUUGUAAAUUUACUCGAACAAUUGAAAAAGGUGUCCUCGGCGACUCGUACCGCAGACAAGGUCACCGAGAAGGCAGAAAUUAUCAAUAAUCUUGGCGCUGCUUAUUAUAAAAUAUGCGAUUUUCAAAUGUCCAAAAAGUAUUACGAGAUGUAUUUGAAAAACUUAGGUAAGAAUGCUUCUCCUUUUUUAAUGCAAAGAGCACACUGUAAUAUUGGCUGUGUGUACCGGAGACUUGGCGACUUUGAUCAGGCUGAGGAGCACUUUCAAGAGGGCUUGGAGAUUUCCGAACAACUACAAGAUAUGAAAUCCAAGGGAAGACUUUUGAAUAACAUGGGAAACAUUUGUGAGAUGAGAAAGGAUUUUGAAGGAGCUAUAUAUUAUCAUGCACAAAGAAGGAAAAUAGCUGAAACAAUGGGUGACUGGGAAACAGAAGCCAAAGCGUGUGCUAGUCUUGGCAACUCUUAUCAAAUCACUGGUAAUCUUCGUGCUAGUAUCGUGUUUUACGAGCGAGUCGUCAUUUGGCUUAAACGAAAGUACAUUUUUGAGCAGAAAGAAGGCAAAAGAAGAUCUAUCGUUUCCAGUUUUUCUCUUGAAGACGAGCAGUGGGUUUAAACCAGAUAUGUACCUAAUGUAUCUUCUGGGACAAGCGCUGAACACUAGCUCAGUUAAAACAUUUAACGGAUAAUAAGAAUAUAUAUAUAUAAAUAUAAACGUAAUAAAAGGCGUAAUUUCUCCCCGCAAACUGGGUGCUUUCUUAUUUUAGAGUGACCCGGGUGUCAGCAGUGGUUGCGUACUUGCCCGGUACAUACUGACUUGAUAAGAGUACGGCACCGUCAGGAAACUGAUUGUCUAUCAGUCGGUACUGAGCGAGGUAUCUGAACUUUGAACAGUCUAACAGACUCGCGGCAUCACAAGCACUGCCAUCAGAUCAUUCUAGUUCCGAGAGCAUGCGCUUUUGCCAGCCAGCGGAAGGCAAAAGGCAAAAAGGCGACAAAAGCGCAUGCUCUAGGAACGAGAACGCAAUCAGAUCUGAACUCAGUUUUAGGUGUUUGAUCCUAGUAGCUAGGGGCCAAGUGCCCUAUUUUGUUUUCAUCUCCCUUUGAGAAAAUCUUUAGAUAAAUAAAAUAAAUAAAUAAAUGGUAACUGC